CUCAGUCCCCUCUCCUACCACGCCACCCCGAAUGAACUCCAUUCGUCCCCUCACCCGGGCCAGCCCCGCUAAGCAAUGCCACGCCCUUGCGUCUGCUAACCCAGCGGGGUUCUUCACCACAACCGGGAACCCUGGGCGGCAGUGGAGGAACAAAGUGGAUACUCGUCAGUUGUUCGGAAGGAUGAUCUACCGAUCACUCUCGUGGCCUCAACUGUCAUCGGUCGCCAAUGGUCCGAUCGUCAAUGGAUGGAAUGAUCCUGCCGACGUUUAGCCGUAUAUAACAUGCUGGCUGCAGGCAACAAACGAGACCGAACACACCACCAACAUGCGGUCUUCCUGGCUUUUGCUGCCAGCCUUGGCCAUCGAGGCCCUGGCUGUGCCCUAUGAAGAGUAUAUCCUUGCUCCGAGCUCUCGCGACCUGAUUCCCGCCUCGGUUCGACAAGUGAACGGUUCCGUCACCAAUGCGGCCGCUUUGACCAGCUCGGCCGGGGAAACCACCUUUAACGGAGUUUCCUCGGUGACUUAUGAUUUUGGUCUGAAUAUCGCUGGCAUCGUCUCCGUGGAUGUCGCGUCGGCAUCCGCGGAAUCCGCCUUCAUCGGGGUAGCAUUCACAGAGUCUAGUUUGUGGAUCAGCAACGAGGCUUGUGAUGCUACCCAGGAUGCUGGUCUUGACACACCACUCUGGUUUCCGGUCGGGCAGGGUGCCGGAGUGUAUACGGUGGACAAGAAAUAUAAUCGUGGUGCAUUCCGUUACCUGACGGUCAUCAGCAACACCACGGCCACGGUUUCCCUCAACAGCCUUCACAUCAACUACACUGCCGCCCCCACGCAAGACCUUCGGGCAUACAAGGGAUACUUCCAUAGCAAUGACGAGCUCAUCAACCGCAUCUGGUAUGCAGGUGCUUAUACCCUGCAGCUUUGCAGUAUUGACCCCACUUCCGGUGACGCCUUGGUGUGGUUGGGAGUCAUCACCUCGUCCGACAACAUCACGCUCCCGCAGACGGACACCUGGUGGUCCAACUACACCAUUACCAAUGGUAGUAGUACGUUGGUUGAUGGAGCCAAGCGGGAUCGGCUCGUCUGGCCGGGUGACAUGUCUAUUGCUCUGGAGAGCGUGGCUGUCAGCACUGCAGACCUGUACAGUAUUCGCACGGCGCUAGAGUCGUUGUAUGCUCUUCAGAAAGCCGAUGGCCGUCUUCCCUAUGCCGGGAAGCCGUUCACCGAUAUCGUCAGUUAUACCUACCACCUCCACAGUCUGAUUGGAGCGGCAUCGUACUAUGAGUACACCGGAGACCGUGCGUGGUUGUCCCGAUACUGGGGACAAUACAAGAAAGGUGUUCAGUGGGCGUUGUCGAGUGUGGACCAGACUGGCCUGGCCAACAUCACAGCCAGUGCUGAUUGGUUGAGAUUUGGCAUGGGUGCGCAUAACAUUGAAGCGAACGCGAUCUUAUACUACGUCCUCAAUGAUGCCAUCAGCCUCGCCCAAACCCUCAAUGACUCCUCCAACAUCCGGAAUUGGAGCACGACUGCGGCAGGGAUCAAGUCGGCUGCGAACGCCCUGCUCUGGGAUGAGUCAAGUGGCCUCUAUACCGACAACGAGACCACCACCCUCCAUCCCCAGGAUGGCAACUCGUGGGCCGUCAAGGCCAACCUGACCCUUUCGGCCAACCAAAGCGCCGUCAUCUCAUCUGCACUGGCCGCCCGCUGGGGACCGUACGGCGCACCCGCGCCUGAGGCCGGUACGACUGUGUCCCCUUUUAUCGGCGGGUUCGAGCUGCAGGCUCAUUACUUGGCCGGUCAGCCAGAUGUAGCGCUCGACCUUUUGCGCCUGCAAUGGGGAUUUAUGCUUGAUGACCCACGUAUGACCAAUUCGAGCUUUAUUGAGGGGUACUCCACCGAUGGAUCAUUGGUCUACGCGCCCUACCGCAAUACCCCGCGGGUGUCGCACGCACACGGCUGGUCCACGGGACCGACGUCCGCACUGACGAUCUAUGCAGCGGGGUUGCAUCUCACAGGGCCGGCGGGGGUGACUUGGUUGUUCAAACCGCAGCCGGGCAAUUUGACCCAGGUGGAGGCGGGCUUCGAAACUCGUUUGGGGGCAUUCCAGUCGAUCAUUAGCAGAUCCUCCACCGGGGAAUAUCAGGACCUUACCUUUACCACACCGAAUGGGACCUCCGGGUCAGUGGAACUUGGCAAUGUCAGCGGUAAGCUUGUAUCGGAUCAGGGGGUGACUGUGCGGUUAGUCGGGGGGAAGGCUAGCGAAUUGCAGGGAGGGAAAUGGAAGUUGGAAAGCAUUUGAGGAUUUGUAAUGUAUGUUCUUGUUAGCGGUGAAUCAAAAUUUGUGUGCCCGACGUCACCGUGACCGGUGCUUGUGUGUGAUUUAUAGUCGGUGGUUCCGCUUCU